GUUUAAGAAUAGUUCAUUACCACAGAAUCAACAGCAAUAUGAACAACCUCCUCCUGCGUAUGAUUCAGAAUCAAAUAGACCCUUUUUAUCUGUGGACGAAGACAAUGUAGAUGAUGACAUGUUUAAAGAAACAAUUGCCAAUAGUAAUAUGGAGAUUCGAAUGCAAUUUGUUAGAAAGGUUUAUUCUAUUUUAUCAACACAGUUAUUGGGAACUGUUAUUAUGUCCUCUAUAUACAUGUUUAACGAAGGCAUAAAAACUUGGGUUCAAUCACACCCUUGGUUAAUCUUUGUUUCCUUGUUUGGAUCACUUGGUUCCCUGAUUGCCCUUAUGUUUAAAGGCCGUUCUGCACCUUUAAAUUACUAUUUACUAGCACUUUUCACAAUUUUGGAAAGUCAUAUGGUCGGCACAAUAGUUACUUUCUAUGAUCAAACAAUCGUUUUUCAAGCUUUAGUUAUUACAUUUACAGUAUUUGUAGGCUUAACUCUGUUUACCUUACAGUCUAAAUGGGACUUUAGCGGAAUGGCACCAAUUUUAUUUGUUGGUAUCUGGGUCCUCAUCAUUGCUGGGUUUUUACUACCUUUUACUUCUUCGGAAAUGGAGCUUCCUUUAGCUAUUGCUGGUGUAAUUAUUUUCUCUGGUUACAUCAUAUUUGAUACCUAUUUGAUUUUCAAUCGCUAUUCUCCUGAAGAUUAUAUUAUGGCGUCAACAAGUCUAUAUCUUGAUAUGAUCAAUUUGUUCCUUCGUGUACUUCAGAUUUUAAAUGCAAGUCAGAGAAACUAAUUUUUACUUAAUAAAUAACAAAAGCUUGAUAUAUUGAGGGAGGAGAUUUGAUAUAACAGUAAGCUUCAAGUUUAAAUAUAUAUUGAAUAUAUUAUGUAAUGUAUAAUAUCCUACUACGAUUAUUUAUUCGUAUACUGUAACUCAGUAAUAAUUGAUAUAAU